AUGGUGGUAGAUUCGCAUGGCGGCGGCGCGGGAACCCCUAAUGACGUAGAGCGGCAAUCGACAUCAAACAAUGAGGAUACAGUCAAUAAUGAGGAAGAACAAGAUAGUGUCGCUGUUUCAGGCAACACGACGUCUAGGGAAAGUCAGAAUUCCAGUGUGCCAGCACCCGAAAGCACCGUCUCUCCCGAAGCAGCCACAGAGACAAGCCCAGCAUCAUCAGCAUCAACACGCACAUCAGAUGCCGAUCGUUGCAUUCUUCGGUGGAUGAAAUGCCAAUCGCAUGCCAUUCAAGGAAUGGUCAUAUUGUUAGCAUUGGUAUUCUGGGCAUUUUUCUUUGAGCUUUCAUGGUACCAAUUGGCAUGGUUCAUACCUGUUGUCAUACUCUUUGCGGCAGCACGAAUGUGUCCGUCCAAUGGAAUUUAA